UGUAUCAUUUACUAUUUGUAUUUAUAAAAUUCACAUUCACAAUACUACUAGAUUAUUGUUUGUGUUUCCGUGCUGACAAAUGUGUUUAUGUCUAUUAGAUAUUACAGUUAAAUUUCACCAUGGUCGUGAAAAGUGAAGAAUCGGAGGGACUCACAAAAAAGUUACGUUUUAAACCUGUGUCCAAUGUUCAACAAUUUACUAGCGAUAAUAACUUUGAAGCUAAAGGCGCGAAAGAAGUAAAGAGCAAAGAUGGUCGAAAAUCAGCUUCUUUAUUUGCUUUUCUACAUGUUGAGUUGACGAGGGGCUAUAUGCUAGAGCAUGACGAGGAGCGGUUUUCGGCGCGGCGCGAGAAAGUCUACUCGUUUAUCAAAAUCCCUCAGGAACUGGAGAAGUUCAUGGCUUAUGGUUUCUUCCAGUGUGCAGAUUCCUUGCUGUUUGUGUACACUUUUCUUCCAUUAAGGUUUAUUAUGGCGUUUUGGUCAUUCUUUAGCAGAUUGUUUAGGAAAUGUUUUGGAUUCCAUCAUCAUCCUUGGAAGAGUAUCUUAAAGCCUGCAGAGACAUGUGAUGUACUAAAAGGAUUCAUUCUACUGAUCUGUAGUAUUUUAAUGUGCUAUAUAGACACAAACAUGAUGUACCAUUUAGUAAAAAGUCAAAGUGUGAUGAAGCUGUAUAUAUUUUUCAACAUGCUGGAAGUUGGCGACCGGUUGUUUUCAGCCUUUGGACAGGAUACAAUAGAUGCUCUGUUUUGGACCGCCACGGAGCCGAGAGACAGAAGAAGAGAACAUUUGGGGGUCAUCCCCCAUUUGCUGUUUGCCAUGAUUUAUGUGUUCCUCCACAGCUUGUUGGUGUUGUUCCAAGCGACAACACUCAACGUAGCGUUCAACUCCAACAACAAAAGCCUGCUCAUCAUUAUGAUGACUAAUAACUUUGUCGAGCUAAAAGGCAGCGUGUUCAAGAAGUUCGACAAGAACAACCUGUUCCAAGUGUCGUGCAGCGACGUGCGCGAGCGGCUGCACCUGUCCGUGCUGCUCUUCAUCGUGGUGCUGCAGACCAUGAAGGAGUACACCUGGCGGGAGGAGCGCUUCUGGAUCCUGGCGCCUGACUGCGUACUAGUGUUGACCUUUGAGGUCAUCAUCGACUGGGUCAAGCACGCUUUCAUCACUAGGUUCAACGAGAUUCCGUUCGGCGUGUACCGCGAGUACACGGUCAGCCUGGCGUACGACGUGGCGCAGACGCGGCAGAAGUACGCGUUCAGCGACCACUCCGACCUGGUGGCGCGCAGGAUGGGCUUCAUACCGCUACCACUGGGGGUGGUCAUCACUAGGGUGCUGGUGCACGCUGUUAAAGUAGACGGAUUUGCGGCGGUAUUCCUGAUACUAAUAGCGUAUUUGUCCCUGAUAUCCAUAAGGGUGCUCGUGUCCAUUGUAAUUUUGGGGAAGGCGUGUGAUCUGAUCUCGCAGCAUCAGACGGAUAAGAAUGACAGCCAUCACGCGACGCCUAAAAAAGAACAAAAAGACUUGAUUCCGAAAGAAACUCCGUGCACGUACAAUUUCAAAACUCCUGAGAAGGAAGCGCCGCCCGCCAAGAAAACUGUUCAACUGAAGUUUGAAGAACCUGAGGAAGUUAUUAAGACUGAGGCGCUCGUGGACGUGUCAGUGGGGGCGGCGGCCAUCUUCUCCAACAGCGCGAUCGACAUCAACGGCGUGUGCUACCUUAACGACAAGAUGAGCCCGCAGCCCAAGCAGGAACCAAGCGACUUGCUCGACCCUGACUUGGGCGACAUGAGCCGCUCGGCGCCGGACGUGGCGGCGGCGGCGGCGCCGGCGCGCGCGCGCACGCCGGACGCCGAGCGCGCGCCGCGCCGCUCCGAGUCCGAGCCCAACCUCGCCACCGUCGACGACGACGAGCCCAAUUAGCGGUAGCGGUACAUGCUUCCUUUGUUUUAACUCGAGCCCAUUUCUCGAAGGGUGAAUCCGCGUAAAUGUAACGCGAGUCACGACUACAGUGUUUAUCAGCAGUUCCCAAAAAGUUUGUGCAUAGCCACGUUAGCAAAUUUUAAUUGAUCCUAUUUUGUUACCAAAAUUUAGUGAUAUAAGUCGACAAAACUUACUAAAAUCUCAAUUCAUGAAAUAAAUCUUGGUAACAAAAAAGGAAUAAAAAAAAACAAAUUUAACUUUUUCCUUAAUUUUUGUACAAACUUUUCGAGAACUGCUGUUAUUUGAACUACAGCAGCAAAUGAAAGGAUCUAUGCAUGUAUCGGGAAAGUGACACUUAUUUAGGACCACUUGCAUCAACCAAAUUUGACAGACAUAUCAUCGUCACGCAGCAGACGACUAUGGAAUUUCCCAUGCAAUAAAAUGUAACGAACGCUGUAACGGUGACAGACGGUUUGAUGCGACAGGCCCUUAGAGAUAGAUUGUCACUGGAACUUGCAUCGUGAAUAAAUGGAACAUGUCAUAAAAUCGUGACUCACGUUACUCUUGCCGCGGAUUGACCCAAGAUAUUAGUCUAAUAAUAUUAGUGUAUUGCCGUGGCAACCCAUGCGGUUUGACAGUUCGGGGAAGUAUUAGUCAAAUAUCGUGCGAGAAAUGGGCUCCUGCUGGUGUACUUGAGCGUUCUCUAGUUGAGCAUAUUCGCGACAGAAUAAUGUAGAGUCGGACAAAGAUAAGUUGGCAAACAUUUUAAUGGCACAGACAGCGCAAGUCUAAAUCUCAAUCUUUUAUGAAAUUACUAGCUUUGUCCCGCGGCUUCGCUCGCGUUUGAAAGAGACAAAAGUAACCUAUGUCACUAUCCAUCCUUUCAACUAUCUCCACUUAACAAAUCACGUCAAUUCGUCGCUCAUUUUUGCCGUGAAAGACGGACAGACAAACAGCCCCACAGCACUCUUUCCCAUUUAUAAUACUAGUAUGGAUGAUUAUUACGUUUACUUAACGCUUCCACAGCCGAGUACUCAAAAUCAGCUGCCAUCUAAGCCAAAUUUCGCUCUAUACCUGCAUAUAGUUCAUACUCGUGCACGCUACCGGCGGCCGGUCGGCGGUUCCAUUGUAAUCUCCACACCAGCGAAAGUUUGGAAACACCCUUAAAAACUGCAAAUGCUGGAGUGAAUGCUCAAGUCUAUUAGCACCCUUUAGAUGCCAGAAUGCCUUGCUGAAUACAGCUGUUAAACACUGAAUUAUAGAAUUCCUACCGCGAACUACGUUCGACGUGUUUCCUCUCUAUCGCACUUUUUGUAAGAUCAUACGUAAGUGUGACAAGGAGGCACGUCAAAAUUAGCUCGCAGGAAGCCCACUGAUUGCCACUGUCCAGUCAGUCAAUUAUAGUUGAUGUAAUUGACCCCAGUCUAUUUUAAAAUAGCCAAGUACGUUUACAUUAGAAACUGGAAAGUUACAGACAAAGAUUCAUUAACCUAAGUUUUGAAUGGUAUCUAUGUCAGAAUUCAUAGUGCAUUCAGCAAAGUAUUCUAACCAUAUGUGGCUGGCCUAAGGCUUUAAUAAAUUUCUUUUGACUAAGGCAGUGUCUAUGAGACUUUCUACCACACAAAUCAAUACUUUUUUUGUUUAGAUAUCAGGAUAAUAAUUACCGUGUUAAUGCCAGUAAUAAAGAAAUCUAUUAAAGCUA